UGUUGACAUUUAUAGUAUUCGUGUUUCUCAUAAUCAUACCCAAAGCACUGUUUCAGAUCCCAAUGACUUAUGAAGCAAGCUUUGUAUCCAUAGACUGGGCACCAAAUUCACAACCAUUUGACUGGACUAAACUUCGAUUAAUUGGCCGAGACCAUAUAUUGAAUGGAACUUUUAAAAUUCUUGAAGAUUUUAACGAUGAUCACUACAAAUUCUCAGUAGAUAUCUACACCAAUUCCGCUCGCGACGGCAAUUUCAAGCUGAUGCCGAUAUCCAUGCCCAGUCAAGGGAUUUGCACACUGUUCAAGAGGCACGGGGACUAUAUAACGGAUAGCAUUAGGCACGGAAUUAACACAGACCUAUUUAUAAACAGGAAAGCUUGCGUUUUCCCAAAGGGGACGUAUUUCUUGAGAAACGUUACCCUUAAUGUGAAGCGAUGGCCAACUAUAAUGCCACGCGGCCUUUGCCGACACGUCGGUAAAUUCUAUAAAGAUGGAGUUCACGUCGGCACUUAUAAUAUUACCUCUUCCAUUGAAGAUCGCAUUCCUCAGUGGUAA